AUGACCAUCGUUCCCAUUGAAUGGUGUUCUGAUCCUACUGUGAUUAGUUUCAAUCGUGAUGAAGGCUGCCCCUUCUUCCCCCUCCUCGCCUCCUCCUCCUCCUCGGCCCCCUUCCUCGGGAGGAGCCCACCUUGCAACAUCAGCGUCCAGCGGCAGAUGCUGAGCUCCCUGCUGGUCCGAUGGGGCCCCUGGGGCUUCCAGGCUCAGUGCACUGUCCUCUUCUCCACCGGAGCCGGAGGAGGGAGCGGCGGCAGUGGGGCACGGCGGGGCCGGCCCUCCUUCUCGGCCGCCUUCCCCCGGUGGGGACCCCCGCCUCUGGUGAUCGAGCCCUGGGGCUGCGGCGGGGGCUUCCAGCAGGACUUGCGCCUCUGCCUGGGCUGCACCUGGGCCGGGGGACGGCGCCUGGGGAGACUCCGGCCCCCCCUCCGCGGCCCUCUUCCCUCCCUCCCCGGAGGCCCCUGCCCCGCAGCCUCCCUGGCAGCAGCAAGGCGACGCCUCCACUUCUGCUGCCUGGAUUCAGCCUGGAGGAGCUCAAGGGGGACCCCCGGCUGGAGGAUGAACCGAAAGCCCGUCGAGUCCAGGUUGGCCUGCUUCAUGACGCUGGUCAUCAUCGUCUGGAGCGUGGCUUGCUCAUCUGGCCCCGUCCCCAUCAUCGCCGGAUUCCUCCCCAACGGCAUGGAGCCCGGCCGCGGCGGAAGGGCGGCCAGCAACGCCAACGCCAGUGCCAAGCCGGGGCUGCAGCCGCCUCCCCCGCUGGGAACCCCGCCGCCCGGGGCAGCAGGGGCGGCCAAGUGA